GAGAGAGAAAGAGAGAGAAAGAGAGAGUGACCACAGAGGAGACUCGGAGGGUCUGGCAGAAGGACAGGCAAGAGGAGAACGAGCAACGCCUGUGAGAAAAGUCCGAGCAGGAGUCCGGGAGAAGGCGAGUGGGAACCACAGAGGAAAAGACAGAUAGGCGGGUGGACAGUCAGAGAGUCAGACAGCAAGCGGAGACCCCUGAGGACACACAGGCUGACAAUAGGAGAGUGACCAAGACCUCCAAGGACACCCAGACGGGCAAGCAGGAAGUCGGAGGAGACGCAGACGGACAUUCGGACCGCACUGGACCACAGAGGUGACCCAGACUGAUGAGUGGACAGACAGACAAAGGCUGAGCAGGAACUCCAAGGUACAGACGGUCAGCCAGACAAAGACAAAGAAGAGGAGACACAGACGGACAGACGGACAGACAGGCAGGCAGGGAGUGAAAAAGCAACCAAGUGUAGCCACAGAGGGGACACAGGAGGACAGACGGGCACUCCAGAGGGCAAGCAGGACGUUCAAGGACACACGAGCAGACUGACCGACAGCAAGCAGGACAACAGAGGACACUCAGACGGACAGCCAGAGAGUCAACAAGACCUCCCACCGGACACCAGGAGUGGACCUCAGUGCGAUGUUCCAGCCCGACUUCUACACCCAGUUUGGCAGCCCCUUUGGGGUGAGGCCAGCUCUGAGGGGGGCCACACUAACCCCCUACUCAGCGACGGUGGUCCCCGAGCACUACAGAUAUCACACAGAUCUGGAGCCUGCCCCGUCACUGCCCCGUUUCGAGCCCCUCUUCCCGGCCCAGUGCGAGCCCCCCAGUGCUGCCACAGCUGCUGCCAUGUUCGGGCCGCCCCCCCCAGCGGUGUCGUUGGCUCUGAAGCCUCAGGGGUCGAUGACGGCAGAGUCUGGGCGCCUGCCUGGGACGGUCAAGGUGCAGCUGGACAACCUGGAGCUUUGGAAGCAGUUCAGCAGCGUCGGGACGGAGAUGAUCAUCACCAAGUCUGGCCGGCGCAUGUUCCCCCAGUGUAAAAUCACCAUCUCUGGCCUGGACCCCAACUCUAAAUACCUGCUGCUGAUGGACGUGGUCCCGGUGGACAGCUCCCGCUACCGCUGGCAGGGGGACAGCUGGGAGGCGGUGGGCAAGGCCGAGCCCCGUCUGCCGGACCGCAUCUACAUUCACCCCGACUCGCCGGCGUCCGGGAGCCACUGGAUGAGCCGCAGCGUGUCCUUCCACCGGGUCAAGCUGACCAACAACACGCUGGACUCGCAAGGCCACAUAAUCCUGCACUCCCUUCACCGUUACAAGCCGCGCUUCCACGUCGUCCAGGCCAGUGACCUCUACAGCCGCCGGUGGGGCGGUCAUUCCUCCUUCAGCUUCCCGGAAACGACGUUUGUCACGGUGACGGCCUACCAGAACGAGAAGGUCACUCAGCUCAAGAUCCAAAGUAAUCCAUUUGCUAAAGGAUUCAGAGAACACGGCAUGAAUAGCAAGAAGGAGCGUGAAGCUCGACUCAAAAGAAAAAUGAAGGCCCCCGAGUCGGACACCGAGACAGAAUCCCUGUUUGAUCCCGUAUGCAAGCAGAUGUCCGGGGGUGACCCAUGUGACUCGACCGAAAUCCUGGACCCUCCUGUGCUGCCCACCCUGGGCCUCAGUGACUUGCCACCCACAGACUCCUACCCUUCUGCUCCGGGAUCAGCCGAGACCCUGGAUCUUCUGACCACGGGGGCCGAGCAGCCCUACGUCUCUCCGCAGCCAGCCGACAUCAACGCUGGGUUCCUGGAUGUCCAGUCAGAGGAGACCACCAACCUACUGACAGGCUCCUCUCAGGCCGAGGCGGACCCCAAACUUCUUGCUGACCCCGUGCCCUGCCAGUUAGCCAUGCUGCCAUCCUCUUUUGAAAGCUACGUGGCCGAGUCGCAGCAGGUGACCCCCGAAGUGCUGCCAGCGUACCCCAUCUCCAGCCCACAGGAGCCCCCCACCGCAGACCCAUCAGGAUUCAGGCCGAGCGGUGGCCCCUCAUUUGUGUUUCCAGGGUACGAUGCCGCCCCCCGUCUCCACCAUGAGCCGUUUGCCAGCUAUGCCGACCUGCGCUACCCGGCCCAUGCGCACCCGAGGCCCUUCUACCAGGACUUCUCUUUGCCCUUCAGGCACCUCUACACCCCACCCGCCGCGCCCUAUCUCGACGUCAGCAGGCCCAUGUUCUGAGAUUAGAGACCCCGGACCCUAAGACUGAUGGGACCUUCAGUGUGGGCCACUUAGGACUAAAAUAAGAUGCCACUCUGCCCUACCACUUGGGCUGGUGGCAAAAACACGUCAUCUACAAAUCUGAGACGUCACUCCAAGGAAUGAGAAGGCAGACCCCCGACCAGAGGGGAGGUGAGUCCUCGUGUUUUGACAGCUGAAGCCCCACUUUGUCACCUCCGGGUGCCAUUUGUCUCUUCAAGUGACUCAAUUAAGUGGUCAUUAAAGGGAGCCGAGGAUUUUAGCACCUACAU